CAGCUACCAUCUUGGAACGGGAGGCGGAGCAGAGACGACUGGGAGCGACCGAGCGGGCCGCCGCCGCCGCCAUGAACCCCGAAUAUGACUACCUGUUUAAGCUGCUUUUGAUUGGUGACUCGGGCGUAGGCAAGUCCUGCCUGCUCCUGCGGUUUGCUGAUGACACAUAUACAGAGAGCUACAUCAGCACUAUUGGGGUGGACUUCAAGAUCCGAACCAUUGAGCUGGAUGGCAAAACCAUUAAACUUCAGAUUUGGGAUACAGCUGGUCAGGAACGGUUUCGGACUAUCACUUCCAGCUAUUACCGGGGGGCUCAUGGCAUCAUCGUGGUGUAUGACGUCACUGAUCAGGAAUCCUACGCCAACGUGAAACAGUGGCUGCAGGAGAUUGAUCGCUAUGCCAGCGAGAACGUCAAUAAGCUCCUGGUAGGCAACAAGAGUGACCUCACCACCAAGAAGGUGGUGGAUAACACCACAGCCAAGGAAUUUGCAGACUCUCUGGGCAUCCCCUUCCUGGAGACGAGUGCCAAGAAUGCUACCAAUGUUGAGCAGGCCUUCAUGACGAUGGCUGCUGAAAUCAAAAAGCGGAUGGGGCCGGGGGCAGCCUCGGGGGGCGAACGGGCCAACCUCAAGAUUGACAGCACCCCUGUGAAGCCGACCGGUGGUGGCUGUUGCUAAGAGGGGCACAUGGGGUGGGACAGGAGGGGUCGCCUUCUCCAGAUGAUGCCCCUAGAGGGGGCAGGAGGUACCUCCCACUUCCUCUCCUGGGGCAUUUGAGUCUGUGGCUUUGGGGUGUACUGGGCCCCCCAUCUCCCUCUGGCCCAUCUGCCUGCUGCCCUGAGCCCAGGUUCUGUCAGGGCCCCACAGAGGACAUCCAGGACCUGUGGCAGGGGUCGGGGCUGGGGCUUGCUCUGCUGCUGCCUCUAGGUAACUUUAAAAGAUGCCUCACCACACCCCUUUCUUUGGAACGAGGGCUCCUCUGUCUGCCUCCCUCCCCCCAAUGUAUGCUGCACUGGGUUCUCCCUCCCCUUUGUCUCCUUGCUUCCCAGAGCUGAGGGCCUUCCUGACCCCUACUGCCCCUGGCUACAGUCAGCACCUGGAGUCAGGAGUAUGGCUGUGGGAUCCAGGACCUCAGGACAGGCAGGGGGCCAUGGCCCAGCAGCCCACCCUUCUGUCCUCUCUGUUUCCCUCCCAUCCCUCCCACACUCACAGCUUGAGCCGUCCAGCUGGGGUGGGGUCUGAGCUUGUCUAGGGCAGGUGGGCGGGCAGCUGUACUGGGCCUGUGUCUUUAGCCCAGAGGGAACCUGCUCCUGCCACCCCCUGCCCUGCCAGAGCUAGGCCCAUGCGCUGCCUGCCCACCGUUCCCCUUUGUCCCUGUGGCAAGCGGAGGCGGAAGGCCCACCGUGCCAGAGGCCAGGCCCCAGCCUUAACCCUCACUCUGCCAACACCUAUUCCCUGAGGCAGCACAUCUGGCUUAUCCACCCUUCCAUCCCUUGGAGCCUAAGAGGACAGAACCUCAUCCUCUGCCGCUCCUCCUGUGAGGAAUGUGGGUGCAACCCAGGGUCAGGGGCCUCUGCUCACUCCUCCCUACCCAGGAUCCUAGCCCCCUGCCCUCUGGCACUGCUUCUUCCUGCAGAAAAACCAACCUUUGGUCUCUACCUAAGAAGCCAUGUCCCUUGUGCUGUCUCUUGCCUGUCCUACUCAUCCCCUGCCCUCCAGCUUGUAUUUAAGUCCCUGGGCUAACCCUCAGGGUGCCCUCCAUUCCCAUGUUCCCCUCUGGUGUUAUGUCAGGCAUUUUGCAAGGAAAAGCCACUUGGGGGAAAGAUGGACAAAAAAAAUCAAUAAAUUUCCACUGGCCCUCGGGUGAGCCGAGGGUUUUUGCAAGGAA